CCGCGAACGGGCUGUGGAGGCGGCCGCUGAGGGGAGCCCGUGAGGGGAGCCGAGUGGAGGCCGCCGCGGCCAGGCCCGUAUCGCCCGAGGAGGCAGCAGGCAGGCAGGCAGGCAGGCGGAGGGCGGCCGGGCCGCGCUGGCGCCGGGGGACCCGCCCGACAUGCCGGUGCGCAGCGCCGCUGCUCCCUCCUGCUGCUGCCCGCCGCCGCCGCCGCCGCCUGCCGGGGGAGGAGGAGCCGCCUCGGCCGCCCGCCUGGAGCCGCCGCCGCCCAUCAACACGGCGCAGCCCGGCGUCAGCACCAGCCGCCUCUACAGCGGCGCCAAGUUCCGCGGGCAGCAGCGCUCCAAGGGCAACGCCUACGAGGUGGAGGUGGUCGUCCAGCAUGUGGACAUGGAGAACUCCUAUCUCUGCGGAUACUUGAAGAUUAAAGGCCUUACGGAGGAAUAUCCGACCCUUACAACUUUCUUUGAAGGGGAAAUAAUCAGUAAAAAGCACCCAUUUUUAACGCGCAAGUGGGAUGCAGAUGAAGACGUUGAUCGUAAACAUUGGGGGAAGUUCCCAGCCUUUUACCAGUAUGCAAAAUCAUUUAACUCAGAUGACUUUGAUUACGAAGAUCUGAAGAAUGACGACUUUGUCUUCAUGAGAUGGAAGGAGCAGUUCCUGGUCCCCGAUCACACCAUCAAAGACAUCAGUGGUGCUUCCUUUGCUGGGUUUUAUUACAUAUGCUUCCAAAAAUCUGCAGCAUCUAUAGAGGGCUAUUACUAUCACAGGAGUUCAGAAUGGUAUCAAUCCCUGAACUUGACUCACGUUCCUGAAUACAGCGCACCCAUUUAUGAAUUCCGGUGACAGCGGCACCAAGAGUGGCAUCAAGAGACGGGCAGUGGGGCCAGGGAGACGGCAUGCUCUGUUAAGACAACUGCUGUGUCCCUGUCGGAAGAGGAGACUCCAGGCUCUCCUCCUGCCGGGCCACCGGACUGGCGUGAGAAUGUGAAUGUGAACCCGCAGGCAGGGGCUGCCGGAGCCCGAUCCUUUCCCAAGCAGUGUGGAAAACUUUAAUCUGGUCUUAAAGCUACCAUUCGAUGCACUUUCCCCUCUUUCACAGCCAGUCUCUUUAUCACGGAGAGUCCUCCCCUGCCCCUUCUAGCGGAAGAAAUUGCAAUUCCGAGCUGGAUUUCCCUCAAGUCGAGGCAAGCAUAAGCUGCCAGCUGCUUAGGUUUGUUCACCUUGCACUCUAGUUAUGGGUUGUAUUAACAGCCGUCCUCCCGACGCGUCACGUCCACAGGAGGCUGGGUCAUACCUAAGCAUGGCUUGAGGUUCUGCGCGCAGCAGCGAGGAAGCCGUUGGCUGAAGGUGGUGGAAGGCCGAGCACAUCGUCUGUCCCUGUUGGCUAGUGGGGCUGGAUCUCUCAGGAAUGUGAGCCAAUCACAGAGGCGUGAGCGUUGACGGAAGGGGAAUAGCUUAACAGUCCAUAGUGGUGGGAAAUGCAGUUCUGCUUAUGCAAAAUUUGAGAUCUUAGUAGCUUAAAGGAGAAACUUUAAAUACAACGUUAAUUACUGGGGUUUUUUUUUAAUGGGAGAGAACUAUUUUUAUGGCUUGGUUUUCCCCACCACUUCCCUGAGGAUCCUGCAGGAAUGGUUCUUCAUUGCAGUUUGCCAUUUUCCAUGAUUACAGCCAGGUUUGGUGGCAAUGGUGCAAUGUCUCUGUGUAACCACCGAGCGACAUGGACACCCCCACGCAUCCUGGUGCAUUCGCGGUGGUGUGAAAACUGAGCUGCUGGCACCUCUAUCACCUCUUCAUGCGACAUGAAGCACUUGGUGUUUGCAAGUUUUAUCAGACAUAAAGGCAAUCUUCCAUGUUUAAAAAAAACAAAACCCUGCUUUCCUAGGACAUCCAAACAUUCAGUAAUGUAAGGCUUGUGUGCCAAAUUUUGUGUGAGGUUUGUGUGUAUCGUAGUCAUCAAGUUGCUAUCCUCUUGAACGUGACACUCCUGUGGGGAGGGCUUUUCAGAGCGUGGCACCCCCUUGCUUUGGCAGGCCAUAAACGUUGCACAACUUGUGAUCCAAGGAUCCUGUGAAUCCCACCCUCUGCUGCUGUAAACGUCGAACCUCUUGCAGAUGCUUCUGUCUACCUAGCCAUAGGUACCGGGAAGUUGUUACAAGGUUAGCUUGUAACAGAUCUGGCAAGGGUAUUUGUCACGGAAGAGCACCCAAGGGUCAGUCAGCCUGUAUCAUGGCACACAGCAGUCUGGACUGAAGGCAAGUUUCUCCCCUCCCUGCAUCCAGGGCUGUGGCUGCUGCAAUUCACAGGGAGACACCCCACCCCACCCCCAGCACAGAUUGUGGUAUGAGUGUAGAAAUUGGCUUGCAUCUGAUUGAAAGUGGCCAUGCCUGAUUAAAUUCCAGAGAGGAGCCUUAAGACUCCAAGGAGCAGGGGCUGUUUCCAGUGUCCCGAGCACCUCCUUCCUCUUCCCCAUAAGCAAAGCCAGGAUAAACGCAAAGCAAGACUUCUCAGUUAGUCUGCUUUGUACAGCUUGCAGAAUUUUAACUUAUUUUAGUGUGAAAUGCACACUGCCCGGUCCUAUAUCCUCCAAAAGAAGGCAAGACUGUGUCCCUGAUUGGGGUGGGGUGGGGUAGGUGGUGGGGAAGCAAAGCCCUUCACGAAUUGGUGUUGAAUGAUGAUGAUUUUCUUAAUUCAGGCUUGUGUUUGCUCUCUUUCUAACACUGUACUGUAUAUCGCGCUGGCUGACUUGCUAAUUUUUAAGCCUUAACAGGAGUGUGUGGAUCUCGGCUGGCAUGUGUAAUAUUUCAGGUCAAGCAUUUGCUUUAACCGCACAGGACACCCUUUGGACACUAACCUCACAAGAUGGCUUGGAUAUGCAGGCGAAGGUGGCCAGCAUCUCUCCCUGCUGGCAGCCUGAAGAAGUUGCCUGCUGUGGUAGGAAGUGAAUUGCUGCAGCAGCAAUGGAACACAGCAAACAGACAGCAGCUGGCAUUGAUCCCUGUUCCAAACAAAUCUGGAUGGAGCUAGCUUUGUAACACUUGACUCCGUCACAGGGCUUUCCCCCCCUGGAAUAAUCCCAGAGAGGAGAACUGACUUGACAGCUUCUGGAGCUGUUUUGAGAAGCAAGCUUUGUCUGACAUCCAGAUUGGGGAGAGAAUGGAAGGCACAGCUAGGUUUGUGGUGGUCCUGCUUGCUUGCUUCCUUGAUGUUGGCCCGCAAGAAGGUUGUUGAUGCACAGUGAUGGAGGUUGUCAAUACAGUGACCUUGGGACAAAUAUAUCCCAGGUUUUUUUCCUGAGUAAAUGGAGGUUCGUUCUAACCCUUCUACUCUCAUAUCUUACUUAUGAGCAAGUGAAUAUUGCACUGGGGGAGAGAAUUCAAGUUUUUGCUUGAUUUAGCUUAAAGGGAUACAUCCUGUCAGAGGCUGCUCUUUUCCUAGUGUAGCAGCUGCUGAGUAGAAGCGCUUAUUGCAGAAGAAAGCAAAUUAUUCUCCAAGGAUGGAUUUGGUUGUCUGAACGGCCUUGUUUGUGGACACCAAAGUAAGAUGAGAGGAAGCGCAAGCAAGUUGUGCUUCCACUUAAUGCUCCUCAAACAUAACCGACAAGAAGGCACUUGAGCACAUUGCCCUGUAAGUUCCUAGGUCUUCUGAAGUCUGAACCAGACUGCAGGCAAUUCUGUGCAAGAUCUCAGUGGGCGCUCGCUCCUAAAAAGUAAAGCAGCUGAAAAGGAGCAGACUUAACUUUUUAAAAAAUGGUUUGCUUUACAGGACAGCUUUUAUUUUUAUCUUGACUUUGGUUCUCUGCUUUCCCUAUCCCCUAAAACUGCCAUUCUAAAAGGAGAGAGCAUGCAGUCUGGUUGGCAUUGUGCUUGUGGAGAAGAUUGUCUAAUGGGACUUGUUACAGGCAGAGUUGCUUAUGAGGUGGGCGUUUGGGAGUCUUCUUGAAAAGGUUUUAUAAAGCUAACUUGUAAAUCAGAGUAUUAAAGAGUAUUUAUAGAUGAAAUGCAGAAAGGGACUGAGUUUUCCAGAGUUAUCAGUGUCCAAAUUAAAAAUAACAUGUAUUUAAGGAG